AUGCCGAAGAAAAGCACUCGCCUUGUCGUCGUCACCGAUGGUCUCCUCAUCCAGCGCUUAGGGGACCCCAAGUUUAUGAGUGACCUCAAAGUCAUUAUCCUAGACGAGGUCCACGAACGCUCGGUCAACAUCGACAUUCUCUUGGCUCUUGUACCCCUGCUGUUGAGGCAGCGACCCGACAUGAAGUUGAUUGUUAUGUCUGCAACCGGAGACAGCAAGGCCCUCAAGGACUUUCUGCAGGACAGGUGUAGACUGCCCACAGCAGAUAUCAACUUGGGGGGUCGUCCACAGGAGCUCACCCACGUCUUCACCGAACAGCCCAUUGAAUAUUACGAUGACUGGAUUGUGGACGUCAUUUCGCAGUUGCUCCUUCACCAUGAUCCGCACAUUGGAGGCAUUCUUGCAUUCUGUCCCGGUGUUGGUGAGAUCAAGCAGAUCCACGACAACUUGAAGACCUUCAUUUGGGACCAUGACAGCGACCACCCGGACAACCAGAUCGGUCAGUUCCUCGAAGUCAUCGAGCUCUACCGCGACGCCCAGUCCCAGGCGACCAAGGCUCUGGACGAGAAGCGUUACGUCGAUGUCGGUGGUCAGCGUUGGCCGGUGAUCAAGGUCAUUCUUGCCACCAACCUGGCGGAAACAUCAUUGACAUUCCCGAACCUGUCACAUGUCAUCGACUGUGGCUUUUUCAAGCGCCCCUUGUACUCGCCCAGCACAGAUUCAUACCGGGCCCAAACAUACAAGUGCAUCGUCUUUCACGCAUACACGGCGGAAGAUCUCCUGGACCGCGACGAGUACCAGGCACAGGUGCCCAUCACCCGCGUAGACCUCACCCAUCCGCUGUUUACCUUGAUCACCCACGAACUAGUUGUCAAGGCCGGUGGUGGUUUCAGUGACAUCGAGUACAUCAUGGGAUGCGCACUCACGAACCUUUGUGCCCUCAAGUUUGUGGACCCCGUUCGCUUCCUCCCUACACCCGAAGCACAGGCUGCAGCAAAACUGGGCCUGGAGCCGUGUCUGGCGCGUCUCUUCUUGAUUGCCGAAGGCGAGGGCAAACGGUACUCGUGGGAGAUCUUGCUACUUAUUGCCGUUCUUCAAGUCGAUGAGCCCCUUUACGAUGAUACUUCAAAGGAAGGUGGCAAGUCGUCAGCCACUUCUUCACCCUCUGGGCGACCACCUGUCAGCCCUGAACAUUGUCGCCCGCUGGCUGCAACAGAAGCGGUACAGUCAUGUAGGCGACUGGACUCGGAAGUACUCAUUGCGCAUGUCCGUUCUCGUCGCCAUUGGGAGGAGCUUUGCGGAUCUCAAGGCUCUGUGGAAAGCGAUGACACGGAGAAGGACCUCGCCCUUGUCUACUUUCUCCUACAGGCCUUCCCUCUUAACCUCGCGAGGCGUAUCCAUGACGAUCAGUACCGCAAUCUCUCCUGGGAGAAAAUAGGUGGCGGGGGAAUGCUCGACGUCAAGGCAAUUGACAAGACCCCAGACGAUGACCCCCCGCUCUGCAAAUGUGUGAAAAGUCGCGCUGGCUGCCCAGACUACGCUGCCGCUCGGAUACAGAUACGCUCCCUCCCUCAAGUUCGUGUCCACUCCGCCAUCUCUUCAUUCCUCCCCACAAUGCUCCUUGCAUCAAGAAUUCUGUUCUUUGAACCCACACUAUUCCCUCCCACACGCUAG